CAUUAAAAAUGUAUCUAGCUAACGUUAGCUAUAGCCAUUUUACUUGGUGCAUUUGGUUGUUGUAAGCCGAAGUAAAAUAAUGGUUAAGCAGCUAGGAAAGGAUUUGGAUGGGAUCAUUGGGGUGUAUGUAAUUUUGUGUCACGAGGGUGCUUGUUGUGUUGUGUACUGACAGACGGUGGGGAGGUAUCACUUGGGUCUUGCCGCUGUCUGUUUACCUAGCCAACUGAAUUUGCAACACCAGCAUAGACACAUUGGGAUGUCCAUGAAGCAAGUUCAUCGGGCCUGAUCAUGGACCGCCGACAAUGCUAGGGCUACCAUGGGCAGCGUCACACUGCGCUACUUCUGCUACGGUUGCCUCUUCACCUCUGUGACCUGGUCCGUCCUGCUCUUCCUCUACUUCAGCCUGAGCCAGGACAGCGGCCGGCCCUCCUUCAGGAAUGUGCCCAUCCAGGGGCCCCAGGCCAAACGCUUCCAAUCACGCUUCACCAGGAGCCCUGGAGGAGGCCACGAGCAAGGCAUCAAGGCAGUCCCUGCAGCAAGAGGCAACAAAAAGGCCGAUCUCUCUCCGGAGAUGGGUAUGAUUUUUAAUGAGCAAGACCAGGAGGUUCGAGACACGGGCUAUCACAAGCACGCUUUCAACGUACUCAUCAGCAAUCGACUGGGCUUCCACCGAGACCUCCCCGACACCAGGGACGACAGGUGCCGAGAUGGGAUCUAUCCUUUGUCCCUCCCCACGGCCAGCGUAGUGAUCUGCUUCUUCAACGAGGCGUUCUCCGCCCUGCUGCGCACCGUGCACAGCGUCCUAGAUCGCACGCCAGCCUACCUGUUGCAUGAGAUUAUACUGGUGGAUGACAGCAGUGAACUCGCGGACCUAAAGGAAGACCUGGACAGCUAUGUCCAGCUCAACCUCCAGGGCAAGGUCAAGGUGGUCCGCAACGAGAAGAGAGAAGGACUGAUCCGAGGGAGGAUGAUAGGGGCCUCUCAUGCCACAGGGGAGGUGCUGGUGUUCCUCGACAGCCACUGCGAGGUAAACGAGGCGUGGCUACGGCCCCUGCUGGCGCCCAUCCAGCGGGACCGCAAGACGGUGGUGUGUCCCAUCAUCGACAUAAUUAGCGCCGACACGCUGGCCUACAGCCCCUCCCCCAUCGUCCGGGGGGGCUUCAACUGGGGCCUGCACUUCAAGUGGGACCCUGUGCCCGCCUCAGAGCUCACCGGCCCCGACGGAGCACUGGGCGCCAUCAGGUCCCCCACCAUGGCCGGUGGUCUGUUUGCCAUGGACAGGAAGUACUUUAACGAGCUGGGCCAAUACGACAGCGGCAUGGACAUCUGGGGCGGCGAGAACCUCGAGAUCUCCUUCCGGAUCUGGAUGUGUGGGGGCCAGCUCCUGAUCGUUCCCUGUUCGCGGGUUGGUCAUAUAUUUCGUAAACGGCGGCCCUACGGGUCACCCGGAGGUCAGGACACCAUGGCCCACAACUCCCUGCGCCUGGCCCACGUAUGGAUGGAUGAAUACAAGGAGCAGUACUUCAACCUGCGGCCGGAGCUCCGGGAACGCGCCUACGGUGACAUCAGCGAGCGGCAGGCGGUGCGCCAACGGCUGCAGUGCCACUCUUUCAAGUGGUACCUGGACACCAUCUACCCCGAGAUGCAGGUGGCCUCCACACACAACAAGCCUCAGCAGCCUGUGUUCGUCAACAAAGGUCUCCGCCGGCCCAAGGUGCUGGAAAGAGGCCGGCUGCGGAACCUGCAGGCUGACAAGUGUCUGGUGGCUCAGGGGAGGCCAAGCCAGAAGGGGGGUGCCGUGGUGCUGAGGGCCUGUGACACACACAACCUAGAACAGGAGUGGGCCUAUGAUGAGGAGCACGAGUUGAUCCUGACUGACUUGCUGUGUCUGGACAUGUCCGAAAUCCGCUCGUCUGACCCGCCCCGUCUCAUGAAGUGUCACGGCUCAGGAGGCUCCCAGCAGUGGACCCUGGGGAAGAGCAACCGGCUAUAUCAAGUCUCAGUGGGCCAAUGCCUGGCCGUGGUCGACACAAUCAGCCCCAAGGGAUACGUUACCAUGGCGAUCUGUGAUGGCUCUCAGUCCCAGCAGUGGCAGUUGGAGGGCUGAUGUUGAUACGCCACGACUAGUAACGUUCCAGACAUUGACUGCCCCCCUCUGGAUGGAGGGGGAAUACUGCACGCUGCUGCUGUGACAAGGAAAUGGGGAUGGAACUAAUUAUACGGACUGUCUUCUUGAAGACUUGGAGAACGAAUUUUGUUUGUCUUCAGAACUGGUUCCAGCCCCCCUGAAGUGCACAGAGUAAGUACACUGUAGUCUCAACUGCAUUUGUAUGACUUCCCCCUAUUGAAAAUUAGUACUCCAUUCUUUUCCCUGAGAACAAUCUAUUCCUUGUCCUAUGUUUUAGAAUGUGAUUUAAAAAAAAUUGUACAAUCAUGUUUAAAUGAAUUUUAUCAAAUUUGCACAGCAGUCUUGCAUUAGACAAUUAAUAUUGUGUAAGUCCCAAAAAAGUGUUUACUAAGAACUUUGGACUACCAGUAUUAGGACCCUGGUUUUAGAAUAAUUUUAUUCUGUACUUAUUACAAUCUGUUAUUUAAGUGGAAUUGGCAGCGUUUUAACUACUUUUCAGAUAUGAAACAGACAAUCAUCAGUCAACAAUAUCAAAACCAACUUUAUAAAGGUUUAUGACUGAAAAUUCCAUGACGUACAGUAAGCCAUUGUUGGCAGAAUAGCUGGAUGCAGUUCAAUGCAUGAAUUACUAUAAUUCACCAAUACCAGAAAUACUGCUAUCAGACUGUAAAUCACAGCUGGUCUGCUACACUAUAGUUUGCUGCAUCCACCCAAUCAGGAUGCACUGUUAGUUUCAAUGACUCAAUAUUUUGGACAAAAAUGGAUGAAUGUAACUCAGGCUGGGAAUGUCAAUACAAUCAACCUGGCGUAUCUAUUUAUUUAGCAAGCUAAAAACACAGAGCCUAACAUUUGGAAGAUGUCAUGCCAUUGGAGGAGUGGGUGACCCAUUGUUGCCAUGUUUGCAGUUUUACCUCCACUUUGAAAACGAUGUUGUGGGUGAAAAUGUAUUGGUUGUGGGUUUUUGGGCUAAGUUGCACUGCGGCUGCCAUGGCAUUUCUCUUAAAAAAUGUUUUUUGCUGAGACCUGCUGCUGACUGUCAGGCAGUGAGGCAGGCUGUUGCUGAGUGAGUGGUGGGGAGGACCAAAGGAGUGUGUGUUGAGAGCACUAGAGUUAUUGGCUGAGUCACGUGAGCAAGAGGAGAGCGAGCAGCACGUGCGCUCGUUGUGGCAACUUUUUACCAGUUGUAGGUAGGUAAUUACGUUUUCAUUAUGGAAACACCUUUUUCCAUAAAACAUUAAUGUGCUAGAACUGAUGCAAAUCAAGAAAUAAUGCACACAAAGCACUGGAAAAAGACUGGGCACAUUACAUAUAUUCGCUCCGAAGUGGUUUAAACUGCAUUCCAAUGUUGACUGCUUAAAGACAACGGUAUCAAGCGAAGUGCUUUAUGCAUGCUCAGUUCUUGGGUCUCAGGGGCUGCCCGGGUGGAAAUUUGAAAUGGAAGUUAUGGAACUCUCUCACGUAGUUCUUUUUAUGGGGAAAAGUUCUCAAUGAAACUGACAAGCUAAAUGCAGAGAAUUAUACAUUUGCUUCUGUUGGAGUGCCUGGACACAGCCGUGGUAUAUUGGCCAUAUUGCUAUUAUAAACUGGUUACCAACGUAAUUAGAGCAGUAAAAAUACAUGUUAUGUCAUACCCGUGGUAUUCAGUCUGAUAUACCAUGGCUUUCAGCCAAUCAGGGCUCAAAUCACCCAGUUUAUAAUUACAGUUAGAAACCUGGUUUGAGCCCUGAAAGCCGUGGUAUAUCAGACCAUAUACCAUGGGUAAAACAAAACAUUGGUGGGUAUAUAGCGGUUAACGGCUCUGCGUUGUCUUGCAUAAGAACAGCCCUUAGCCCAUAUACCAUACCCCCUUGUGCCUUAUUGCUUAAUCCAAGCUGUCAAACGUGUUAAAUUGACAUCCAUUGAUAAAUUCUAGCGAGUUUAAGGGCCAAUUCUUUUCUCUUGCCACAUACAAAUUUUGUUCUAAUGUCAUUACAAUUUACUAUGAUAGUCCUUCUUAAUUGGCUCAAUAGCAUUAUGGAAAAAUGGUUUAUUGUAUAGAUAUGGCAACUCCUCUCGCUGAAAAAUGUUUUGCUACUUUUCAGGCCUUUUGGGAGGGUUUUGAGUGGUCAUUGGGCUAGAAAUGUUUUUGUGACCUUUUUCCCCGCAUCAUUUUUUUGUGGCUAGGGAUGCAGGUGUCAUUUGUUAAGCAAGCAUGAAAUGUGAAUCGCUUUGCGAGUUAGCUAGGCUGUGCUUGAACGGCUCCAGUUAGCCAGAGAUAUGCUAUCUACUCCAAUUUCAGAGCACUCUUGUCUGAGUGUGCCAUAGCGCAGAAUAACUGAGGAAUUUAUGAAUGAGCAGUCAGUAAAAAAAACAUUGUCAGCAACACUUUAGAUAA